CAUAAUUUGGAAAUGCCGUUUGUCGCAAAGGUUUAAAAUUCAUACUCCCACACACACACACAUCUAUACAUACUCAAAAAUGGUGUUUAACAUAGCCGCUUUUUCAUAUAUUGUCGCAUUAAUUUGUGACGCAGUUUUAAUAUUUUUUUCAAUAUUACACAUAAUCGCCUUCGAUGAAUUAAGAACAGAAUACAAAGAUCCAAUAGAACAAUGUAACAGUCUGAAUCCGUUAGUUCUUCCGGAAUAUGGAUUACAUUUAUUUAUUAAUUUUUUAUUUCUAAUCAGUAAUGAAUGGAUAUCAUUACUUUUAAAUGUUCCAUUGAUUGCGUAUCACAUUAAUAGGUAUCGUAAUAGACCUGUUAUGUCAAGACCAGGUCUCUAUGAUCCUACGAAUAUUUUAGACGCAACCAGCUUAACAAAGUGCCAACGUGAAGGAUGGGUUAAAUUAGCCUUUUAUCUAAUGUCUUUCUUCUAUUAUUUAUAUGGAAUGAUAAGCUCUCUCAUUCACUAGGAUAGUUUAUAAGAAAUAAUUGAAUGUUUUUACCAUUUUUUACAAACAAACGAUCUUUCGCAAAAUGGAUGAGAAAGAGAUGGAACUGACUUGCUUCCUCAUUGGAUUUUUCUAAGAAUUUUCGUGUCCUUAACGAAAUAAUAAUGAUACUGCAUUUUUACACUUAUUGUCAGCUUCUUUAAAUAGAAUACUGACUUGAUUGUCGUACUUUCAUAGAGAAAAGUAUAGAACGAAUAUAUUUAUAUAUCAGGUACAGGCAUAA